CUUUCUCUCUUUUUCCCGGUCCUCUAUCCCCUCUAAGUAACUAUACUCCCGCCAGACCCGUGUCUACCCCCACUCGUUGCCCCUUUCUCCGGUGGGCGAGCGAAUAUACCUCCUCCCCCGUUUUCCAGCAGCCCUGCCGCCUGCCUUCCACGGCCGAGCAGAUCUUGGAGCUUGUACGGGAUGAUAGCCGAGUGAAAAAGCUCGCGAGUCCCGUGAAGUUCGCUCAUCAGCAGCAGCAGCCCUGGCCUGCCACAAUCCCUUCGACUCGGUUAUCGUAAGUGUCGUGCAUCUCGUGAAAGAAACGAAAGCAAGCAUCAUGAACAGCCAGUACGAGAGUUUAUAUAAGAUUGAAUGGAAGAGAGAAAAAGAAAAGAAAUAGAAGUUUGUUAGUUUUGAUUGAAAAGUAAGAAAAUGAGGGAGAAUGAGAACGAGAGAGAGAAAGAGAGAGAAAGAAAGGGAGAUAGAAAUAGAGAAAGAGCGAGAGAGAGAGAGAGAGAAUGGAAGAGUACUUGCGCGUAUGUGUUUUUGCUUAAAGAAAAAUCAGAGAAAUUCGUUACGACGAAUAUAUAAGUGCUUAAGUGCAAAUAUAUAUAUAUAUAUAUAUAUAUGUAUAUAUAAGAGUGAAGAAAAAAAAGAAAUUUUCAUGAGAUUUCAUGAGAUUCGUGUGAUUAAAAAAAAAAAGGAUUUCACAUUUGAAUUUCAUACGAAUUACCGAAAAAAAAAAAAUAGAAUAUUCACACGGUACCGUUGCAACGUACAGAAAAAUAAAUAUAUACGUGUUUCGUAUUAUAAUAUAAAAUAAGUAAGGAAAUGGAGGAAUAUUAAAAACGUGGCCUAGUGAGGAAAAUAACGUAAGAACGAAGUGUCAGUGAGGAAACAGAGACAACGGUGGUGACCGGUUGUCAUUGGUAUAAUGACAUAUCGUAAAAAAACAUAUUCUGUUAGUUGUGUCGACGUAUAUAGCUGUUACUCGUGGUGAUGGCAAUAGGCAGUUCAUAGUGAUAGUGGAUAUAUUACGUAUUGCCGUGCAGUGAUGUCCCGUGCGCACCGGGUGUAUAUGUAUACUACGUACCAUUGGUAGUGAGAUCAAUAAGCAGUGCCGUGCCACUCGACCCGUACUCAUAGACAGAAACUCAUUCUGAAUCUCUCCUUCCUUCUGUUUAACUACCGCCCCCAACUCUUCCUUUUCCAGCGACUGAAUGUCGAGAGGUCACUUUCAUUUGUUUCCCUUUUGAAAUUUUUAUCAUGUCUCAAGCAGUUUAAAACAAGUGUCUUUCCUUUGAAAGGCCAAGUCAUUGGUCCGCUCUUUCGAUAUAUUCUUAUACGUGAUUAUCUAUUCUUCUCUAUCCUGUUUCUAUUUUCUCUAAUCGAUUUUCAAAUUAACUCAGUAACUCUUAUUUUCAUCGCGUUCCAUUUUUGAACAUUAUUCUUCUUUCAUUCAAUGAAUUAAGUUUUAUUGCCUUUUUGCUGCUAACUUCUGCGCUUUAGCUUUAUCGUUUCUAUUGGACUUGCGUAUCAUGAGCAACUUGAAACAUAUUUCUUGCCGGAUAAAGUAUAUAUUCAUUCCUAAAAACGCUGAUUUCUUCAUACGUGAAAAUUAAUAAAUAUUUUUCAAAUCAAUAUUUAUGCUUGUCGUUAUAUAUCGUUUCAUUAAAUUGGUGUAACAUAGUAAAUUCUUUUAAUUUCUAAAGAUAAUUAAUUACAUUAAAUAAUAUUAUAUGCAUAUGGAUUAAAAGACAUAAAAUAAAAGGAAGGAGACUUUAUCGAAUAAUAGUUAUGCAUAUUAUAAUUAGAUAUCGGUUGCCAUAUCCUACAGUUUUAAUAUUUGCGUUCGACUUUUUCUGGAUUAAGAUGUCCCUUCUGACUAUGAUUGGAUUAUUCGAACGUAGAACCGGUAAAAUUGAGCUGUUGUCAUCAUGUUGAAAUUAAAUAAAUUUCUUAACUUUCGCUAUCGAAAACAAGAUGAAUUGUUUUGCAAGAUGAUACAUAUUUGCAGAUUAUUUAUAGGUUAUUCGAAGAAUAGAAACGCUUCUUUUUUUUUGUAACAUGUAUUUAUUAUCUCGCAAUCUCGAAUAAAGCAUAUGGAUAUUUUUAUUGGAAUUGAUUCAAAAAAUAAAUUCAAAAAAAAUUUGGUUAAAAUUGAAUAUAUUGCAAGAUGAUGCAAAAACAGAUUAAAAUAACUGAAAAUAUUAUCGUAUAUUAUAUAUUUCGUUAAAUUCUAUCGAUAAAUGAUUUUAAAUUUCCUCUUAAUUUUGAAUUUUUUCUAUGAAUAUUUUAUUUUCAUAUUUCUAACACUUUCUAAUUAUAAUUUAACUUUGUUACUUUAUCAAUAAAAUCUAACCUUUACUUCAACAUAUUUUUCAUCAAAUUGAUGCAAGAAAAAAACCUAUUUGAUCUAAUCUAAUUAUUUAAACAAACGAACGAGACAAGAUUGAGAGUUAAUUUUUUUUAUCUGUAAAAAUUAAGAAUAACUCAUCCAUAUUAUAUAAUAUUUAAAAAAAGGAGACUUUUUCUUCAGAGAAUUUUUUUUACAUUCAUUCAUACAAAUGCAUACAUACGUCAAACUAAGAUUUAACGCAUAACUUGUUGUUGUAACGCUCUUGAACUUAUUACGCUCGUGAACGUAAUAACAAAGGCCGAUAUUCGAUCGUAUCAUAUAUAUUUUGAUCAAAACAUUCCGAAAGAACCUGUUGCCAGUAAUCUCGUUGAUUGAAUUUCUCCCAUUUAGAGGCAGGGUUAUCGGUAAUUCGUUAUUGAAUUCGUCCGGCUCCGGUUUAUGUGCGUCGAACGUUUUUAAACCAAUAGAACGUGCAAUCACGAUAAUUAUAACGUAGAACGCGCACGUGUGCCAUUAUCGGCGGAAUCGUUGCAACGUUGCCGUGAUUUUUUUAUAGAGCGCGGCGAAUGUUGGCAUGCUGAUUCUUGUUUCCGUUUAAUCCUCUAUAUAUCAACCAAUAAAUAUAUAUCAUCGAUUAAUCAAUUGUUGACAACAAUAGAAAAGAGAAAUAUUCUAUAGGAUUGUAGUGCUAUACUGUAGCCGUUGUUGUUGCUGUAUACAGAGGGUUGAAUGCGAAAAGUAUCUUUUUUCACGGUUAUACGUGCAAGAAGAGUAACCGGCUGUUUUCAGUCGAUUCACAUACCUAAGGGGGCUGAGGGUAUCGUGGGGGCGCAAUGAAAAAAGAAUUCCUUUUCGCAUCCAGAGAAUUGAAUACGCCUAAUCGUGGGAUCGUCGUGUGCAGCCUGGCAGGCCCCGCAAAAGCCGCCAAUUAAUUAAGAUAGCUCCUAGAUACACGGUAGAUCGAUAGGGACUGGCCGUGAUAAAGACGGGCGAGGGUUUCAGACUUCAGGGAUGUUGCAGUGCUGUGGUGUUGGAGGUGGCGCUUCCACGGCACCUCAGGCUCCGCAGCUGCAGGAUACCGGAUCUGCUGUCGGGAUUACCACCUCCACGAAAACCACCAUCAUGCAGGACGCAGUUCUUGAAUCUAUUCUCGAGCAAAUGCGUGAAACAGAAGCUCGAAAGGCGGACUUGGAGCGUCAACAUGCAGAAGCACAGAAUCAAUUACGGGAAAAGAUAGCAGGACGAUAUCAAGGACCGGAAUCGGUUGAAGCGUUGCAGUCGAAAAUAAGGGAGCUCGAAAAGAAGACAGAGUUACAGAUGGUCAGACACGAAGAAUUAUCAUUGGAAUUAACGAGUCUUAGACGUGCGCGAAGCAGAGGGCCUAUGGUCAGCCAUUCGGUUCCAACCACUUGGCCUCCGGCUGGCUCUGAAAUCGAUAGAAUAAUAGCAAAGAUAGAACAAGAUAACAGUGCAAACAGAAUGAUACACGAUUUGGAUCACACCAGAGGAACGAUUACCACACAACAACCCUCCGUCACACAGGGUCAUAUUUUGCGAUCCAGCUCCGAAAAUCUUCCUAAUCUCGGUCAACAUCAACACCCUCCUCAUCCACAUGCUCUGAGCCUAGGAAUGCCAACGCAGAUGAGUCAUUACGCAGGUUCACCUAUGCCAUUAACGCCAAUGAUGCCUGGUUGUCCGCCAUUGACUCCAAAUGGGCCACCUUACUACAGCGAACCAAUACCUCCAGCGCCAUCGCUCUCUACCAGCCAAUCGCAACCAGUUUUCCAACAAAAGCUUCAACAGUACCAACAACCUCAACUGAGCCACACCGAGUUACAGAGCACGCAUUCCCAAAGUGUUCUGCAAACACAACAACAGAAGCAACAACAAACGCACACCCAUUACACGAGCAAUCAGUAUCAGGAGAGUUAUCCGCAUACGCAAACCUAUCAGCAGCCGCUCCAACAGCAACAACAGCAACAGCCGCAACAUCCGGCCUCUACUACGUACCUGACAUCAUCUAGCCAAAGCAUAAUACCUCAUUACUCGCAGCCGGCCACGCAAACCGGCCAAAGUUUUCAAUUGAAUGGAAGUCAACAGGCAACGACGUAUCCAAGUUUAUCCAUUACAUCGCAUCCGAAUGGAACCUAUAGUACGGGGGCGGGUGGUAGCUUCGGUACCCAACUAUCGCAUCACAACUUUUCCGUUCCACAGACGAGUAUUCCGCAAACAACGUUGUCCUCGUUACCACCUUAUUCGACGAGCACCUUUCAUUCGACUUUGGGCGCGCUUACCAACGUACCACAAUCCGCUCUUCCCUUCUCGAGUGUACAGAGCAGUUUUGUUACCAGCGGAUCGACCUACUCUACCGUCGGGACCAAUGCUUUUGGCACAUCGGGCGUGUCUUCAGGAACCACAUCGACAGGCUUGUUACAAGCGAUAAGCGAUCCUCUUCAAGCGAUGCAACAACUUUCAGCGCAAUCUCAAGCCAAUCAACUUCAGCAGCAGGCCAUCAUUCAACAGAUCCAACAAAGUUUACGCGCCAGUUCGCCGACAGCGCCCUCUACGACGGGCCAUCAUUUCCUUGGCUCAAGGCAGAUGCCAAAGAUACCUAGUAGUAUACUUUCCAAUCCCUUAGAUCGACUGACAAAUGACAAUAUCGUGGCUGAGGGGCAGGUGGAUAUGCUGGAUAUACCCGGCAAAGGACGGUGCUACGUCUACAUUGCUCGUUUCACUUACGAGCCGUUUCAGCAUUCCCCGAACGAGAAUCCUGAAGCAGAGUUGCCUGUUCAAGGUGGCGAUUAUUUACUUGUAUGGGGGCAACCGGACGAAGACGGUUUCCUAGAUGCGGAAACUCUUGACGGUAGACGCGGCCUUGUUCCAGCUAAUUUUGUUCAAAAGUUGAUCGGUGACGAUUUAUUAGAAUUCCACCAAGCUGUUCUUGGCCUCAGGGAUGUCGAUGAUUCAGCUUCGACUAAUAUUCCCCAAGUGAGCAAUUGUUAUUUACAGGAUAUUGAUUUAGAAUUAGCGGCUCUAGAGGAAGGUAAUCGAAAUCGACAAGCCGAAUUAUCUGCAUACGCGGAACUCGAUAAUAUUGCGGAGGAGGACGAACAAGAGCCACCAGAAGUCUACCUGUUUUCGGACCUAGUUCCGGCGCCACAGCACCUCACUCUCGAGCGGCAGUUGAACAAGAGCGUUUUAAUCGGUUGGACGGCGCCAGAAAAUACUCAUCAAUUGGAGUCGUAUCACGUCUACGUGGAUGGAGUGUUGAAAGUUACUGUCAAAGCAACGGAGAGAACCAGAGCGUUGGUCGAAGGAGUUGAUUCUACUAGGCCACACAGAAUAAGCGUACGUUCAGUGACACAUUCAAGAAGAACAUCUCGCGAUGCUGCUUGUACCAUGGUAAUUGGUAAAGAUGUCGCUUUGGGCCCAACCGCUGUCAAGGCGUCGAAUGUAACCGCUACUAGUGCAGUCAUAUCUUGGAUGCCGAGCAAUAGCAAUCAUCAACACGUGGUUUGUGUGAAUAACGUGGAGGUUAGGACGGUGAAGCCUGGUGUUUAUAGACACACGAUUACCGGUUUAGCGCCCUCGACGAUCUAUAGGGUAACCGUGAAAGCAAAGAAUCUGAGGGCGACGCAUUUCGAGGACCAAAAUACUCAAGCGGCAAACAAUUUAGCCUGUCAUGUCCAUUUCAAAACAUUACCCAAAGGAUUACCUGAUCCUCCGGUCGAUAUCCAGGUGGAGGCUGGACCGCAGGACGGCACUUUGCUAGUGACCUGGCAGCCUGUUGCCCUAAACGGUUCGGCCGUCACCGGUUACGCGGUGUAUGCCGAUGGAAAAAAGGUCACCGACGUAGACAGCCCCACCGGUGACCAUGCUUUGGUGGAUAUACACAAACUUAUGGGUUUGAAUCCGAAGCACAUCACGGUCAGGACAAAAAGCAGGGAAAGUCAAUCGGGCGAUAGUUGUGCUACCGCUAUUCCUUGUAGCGUUCUUCGUGGAACCGCGACUCAUUUGCAACAUGGGUCUACGCACAUGCAAGAUCAAGGACAACCGCAAUCUACCGCUACCGGACAACCAGAUGAUCCGAGUAGACAUCGUUUAGGAGGUGUAGGUCAAAGAUAUCCAUCAACUCCUGUACCUUCUCAUAUAAGAAGGCACGGAGGCACUAGAGUUGACGCUCAUGGCCAAGUUAUUAUUGAGACUGAUGAAAACUUAUCUGAUAAAGAAAUUUAUCCUGGACAGAGCAUGUCCCAGAUGGGAGUUCCAGAAAUCACCAAAGAUUCGGCAAGCGAAGCAAAUUACAGCGAGGAAGAUGAUCCGUCACGUAGAGGUAGAGGUAUGCCGCUUCAUCAUAAUCAACAUCGAUAUGGACCUCAAAUAGGGCAACAAGGGCUUCCUGGGACGCAUCGACCAGGACGAAUGGGUGGUCCUGCUGGUAGGCCUCAAGAUCCUUAUUAUGAUCAACCAGGAAGUCAAAGAGGUAGGGCUUCUAGCUACCGUGGAGGACGAGGAAUGCAAGCUCAAGGUGGUGCGGGCCAUUCGUCAAGCAGCGCUCAACAAAUGAACAAAAGAACACGUUGGUUUAUUGCCUUAUUUGAUUAUGAUCCGAAAAGAAUGUCGCCUAAUCCGGACGCUUGUGAAGAAGAAUUGCCCUUUUCCGAGGGUGAUACUAUUAAGGUGUACGGCGAAAAAGAUGCGGAUGGAUUUUAUUGGGGAGAAUGUCAUGGUAGACGAGGAUAUGUUCCUUAUAACAUGGUUGAAGAAAUUAAAGAUCAAAAUCAGCCUGGUCAAGGGCAGCUAGGAAGGAGAGGAAGAUGGGGAGAUAUUUAUGCUAGUAUGCCUGUCAAGAAAAUGAUAGCACUCUAUGACUAUGAUCCUCAUGAAUUAUCUCCUAAUGUUGAUUCCCAAGUGGAAUUGGCAUUCCAAACUGGGAAUGAAAUCUAUGUCUAUGGUGACCUAGAUGAUGAUGGAUUCUAUAUGGGUGAAUUAAAUGGGGUGCGUGGUUUAGUUCCAAGCAAUUUCCUUACUGAAGCUCCUGAUCAACCGCCACAAGGACAACUUCCUCCAGGAAAUAGAAGACCACCAGGACAAAGUCAAGGGCCAGGAGUCAGAGGACCACCUCCUCCACCUCGAGAACCACCUCCUACUGGUCAUCGACGAGGCAAAGAUGCCUGCAUUGUGCCUGUGUCUGUCCCUGUCUGUCACUUAGACUCUAGACAACAACAACAACAACAACAACCAUCACUAAUGAACAACCAACAACAUCAACUCCAACAUCAACAAAACAAUCCACCGCAUCUAGCGUACCAACAAGCGAAUCACCACAGCUACACGACUGUAACCACGUCCAAUCAACAUGGGCCCACACCUAUGGGUGCCCAUCAACAAGGUCCCGUACCACCCCACCUUCAACAACAGGGGAAGGGGAGGGGAGGCGUGAUCAAUCGUGGUAGUAAUUUACCAGGAGGUAUGCAGGGCCUUGGACAACAACAAGACUAUCCGCAACAAAAUCAACCGUAUCAACAACAACAGCAAAAUCAGCAAAACCAAAGUUAUCAACAACAGAACCAAGGAUAUCAACAGCAAAGUGCAGGAUUCGGUCCCCAAGGCCAACAAUUCCAACAACAACAGCCUCAACAGCAACAACAACAGCAACAACAACAACCGAAUCAACCGUAUUCCCAACAGAAUCAGCCUUCUUCGAUGCAAAGCAGUCAGAGCACGAGUAAACCGAUGAGAGGAAUACCGACAGUGUUACCAACGCCUCAGGCAAAGGUGCAACCGAAUACCACGCAAGGCCAACAACAACAGCAGCAACAGCAGCAAAGUACAGGGCCGAAUCUGAUGCAGAAGUUCACGGAGAUGGCCGGUGCGAGCGCUGGCGGCGAUAUCCUGUCGAAAGGGAAAGAACUGAUUUUCAUGAAAUUCGGAUUAGGCAAGUGAGUGAUUACCUUGCCCGUGUCGCCAGCUCCGCUUCUUCUCCAUUUCAGCCCUACCAUAUUGUCGUGAAUUCACGCUGAAAGCUCGAAGAAUCAAGAGAUUUGUUCAAUAAAUCAGUAUUACGGAGAAAUGUUCGCGGAGAGCAAGCGAGACGCGAACAGGCAGGAACGUACGAAUGCGUCUCGUCCGAUCAAGUCUUCGCGAAUAUCCCUGAACAAAUACAAAUGUGUGCUGCCAUUGCUGCUGCUGCUGUUGCUGCUGCUAAUAACGAUUGUUAUUAUCCCCCUGCAAUCAUUGGAUCGUUCGAUUGAAAAGAUCUAUUCACCCACGAAGAGACCGAUAUUUAUUAAUCUUUCUCGUUGGUGCAACUUCCUAUAUAGGUAUUAGUAAAAUAAAAAAAGAAGAAUGUUCGCUUGCAUUUUGAUAUCUUUCGCGAAAAUUGUUCGAGAAAGUUGUAUGAUUAAUUAUUCGUAUUCUUCAGAGAAUAUAAGCAGAGAAUCCUAAAAAUAAUGAAUAAUCCUCGUUGAAUUUUUUAAAAUUUUUUUCUUUUAAUUUUUUAUCUUCUCGUUUUUUACUUCUAUCUAUUUUCUUCUUUUUCUUUAUAGAUUAUAGAAUUGUUUUGAUGUCACGUAAUUUAAAUGAAAUAAUGAAAUUUUAUAUCAUGAUAAACAUUAAAUAAAAAGUAAAAUCGAAUAAAAUACAGGGACAGAAAUAAUCGAAUUUUUAAUAUAUUAAUCAUCAGUUCGUUAUAUAAAAAAUUUACUCGUUAAUUAGUUUAAUGAACUAAUUAUUCUUAUUAUAAAUAUAGAUUAGAUCGUUAAUAUUUUAUCUAUAUGUAUAUGUAAAAAAGUAGUGAGAACUGAAACAAAAAGGAAAUAGAAUUACUUAAUUUUAUAGUUUAGAUUACAUUAGAUUUUAGAAGCUAUUAAAAUCUCGCUUUAAAAGAAGCUUUUUUUUUUAUUAUUAGACGAUUGAUCUUCACAACAAAACAUUUUAGAAAAUUAAAUAUCAAAACGUGACAUACAUAUGAUUAUUUGCAAUAUCUUAUUCUUUAUUAUUUAUUAUCUAUUAUUUAUUUUUCUCUUUCUUCGUUUUUCUUGGCUCGAUAAAUAUAUAAUUUUCUCUUUUUGAAGUGAUCAAAUUUUAUGUUGAUAUUAGACAAAGAAAAGAAACGAGUAAAAAUGUGAUUAUAACAAUAACCAAAUAGAGUAACGUAAUGCAAGUGGAUCAUUCGUAAAGAAUAAACAGGAAAGUAGCUCCUUGUUAUACUUGAGCAGGACUUUAAAAUAAAUAAAUCGUUGUAUAAGACAAAGGUGAAAUGAUGUCAAGAAAUCGACAAAAGCAUUUACAAUAGGGCGACUCGUGGAUCAAAUUGAACUACGUCAUAAAAUAUAUAAAUAUAUAAAUAUAUAUAUAAAUAAAACAAAUAAAUAAAUAAAUAAAUUAAAUAAUAUCGCUCGGAGGAAACGGAAUAUGAAUUUGAUCGACAAAAGAAAAUAUUAGAGAAAGGAAAAAGGGAUAUGAGAAAUCAUUAGCAUACGUAUAACGCCACGUCUUAAUUAGAUGUUAUUACAACAACAAAAUGAUACAACUCACUGUUGUCAAUGAAUGACAAUAUCUAUAUACGGCUCAUCUUUGCAUUUCAAAAAUCAAUAAUUCAGCAAAUUUAUAUAUUUUUCUUACAGACGUUGUGUGACAACAAUUGCAUCGCACGCGUUGCCAAUUCUGAUCAUUAGAAUUUUCUUUCAAUCUGUUCAAUAUCAUGUUGGUCGAUCAAAUGAAUGACAAUGAUUUUGUCGUCGUACGACAUCUAUUUAAAACAUGGCAUGAUACGCAAAUAAGAUAUAAAUAUAUACAUAUGCAUAUACAUAUAUGCAUGCAUACGUAUACGUAUAUAUAUAUAUAUAUAUAUUAAUAUAUAUAGGUAAAGGUAUGUAUGCAUACAAAUAUAUAUACACAUAUAUAUACAUAUUAUAUUUAACUAUUGCAAAGUGUUGUUACAUCGCUACUUGUAUCGUAUUUUGUACAAAGUAUCCUUACCUUUAAUUGUUCUUUUUCUUUUUUUUGCCAUAAUAUAUAUAUAUAUAUAUUAUUAUAUGUAUAUAUAUUAAUAUAUAUAUAUAUAUACAUAUAUAUACAUAUUUAUAUAUGUAUAUAUAUAAUAUAUAUUAUAUAUAUAUAUAUACAUAUAUAGAUAUAUAAAAAUAAAUAAAUAAAUAAGUACACAAUAAGACACAAUAUAAAGAAUCCUUAGCAAAACAAAGAAAGCGUGACAAAUUUCAAAUGUCAUUUUCCAUCAUACUUUGGAAAUCAUAAAUUCGAAAUUGAUCAUAAUUGUUAUAAAAUAUCGUGAAUAUAUCUGUUUAAAACCGAUAGUUGCCUCUCGUCCGUUUAUGUUAAUCGAGUGUCGACAAAUAUUGUAAUAUAGCGAAUGAUAUGCGAUCUAUUAAAAUUAAUUAACAAUGUUAAACGCGCGGUCCAAAAAUUCGUUUUGAAAAAUUCUUGUAGUUCGAUUAAAUUUUCUUUUAAAUUUAAUCCUUUAUAAUCUAUUUAUAUACAUUAGUGAAAGAUUGUUACAUUACUUGAUUUCAAUUUUAUAAUUCAAUUUAUAAUCAAUUUCUUUUAAUUUAAUGCAAAAAAAAAAGCUAAUUUGUAUUUUCUCGAAUCUCGUUGUCAUUCUUCUGUUCUGUUUAUGUAUUUUCAUUAUCAUUUCGCUUUUGUUGCAAUAAUUAUUAAAUCAGAUUUGCUGGAAUGCGAGAUUGGGCCACACGUAGUAGCACCAUCAAAUUGAUACAACAAUAUGAUUUUUGAAUCUUGUUUUUGCAAUGUCGAUCACGAUGAAUCGCAUAACGUUUAACGAGCAAGAGUUACAAAAAACUGUGUAUACUAUGACUAUGGACCAAACUAUAUUUUUUCAAGAGACCAAUUUGGCUAUUCAAACGUAGAUUCAUUUUUCUUAGUUCCAUUUAAUAUUUCUUUUCACUUUCUUCGCGACAGUGGAAAACCUAACCUAAACCUAAAUAGAUAAAAAUGUUUUUAUUAAUAUAUAAUAAUUCACAUUUGAAAAUUGUAGAUAUUUAUGAUUAAGCAUAUUUCGAUGUCAUAUUGUCAUUGAAAAUAAAAGUCGCGAAAUACGUGUAAAGCUUGCUCGAUUGUUGUGUUCGAUUUAACGCACGAAAUUGCAAACUCAACAUAAUCAAUCUCGUUCGACCAGUAUUCGCGCGAGCAUCAAAAACUUAAAAUUUUGUCUGAAUCAAAAAUUUAUUGAAAUGAAUAGAUACGCUUUCGAUGCUGUUCUUUGAAAUGUGUUUAUCAUCGACAUCGUUUGAUCCAUUGGAAAUAAAUGUAACAUCAGAGUUAUAAGGAUCUUUCAAAAAUUCUACAACAUGAUUUAAAAAUAAGUCAGUACAUAAUGUAUAUUGUAUAAUUAAGCCGUUAUUACGGAGUUUGUUAAUAUUCUUAAGCAUUCAACGAUUCAAUGUCGAUGGAUUAUUGUAAUCUGCUGAUUUAGAAAGAUUUUCCAAUGGAUUGAGCCAAAAAUAUAUUAGUUUCCUUUGAUCUUUAUCCUUAUAGUAUCCUUUUGAGCGGAGUAAACUCGCGAUUGUUGUUCAUUGAAUUCCUAUAAAUCUUUGCUGUGAACAUAUCUAAUGUGAAAUGUUGAUUCAGACGAUUAAACGAAGAAAAGAAAAAAAAAAAAAAAGAAAAAGACUGACGUGACAUUUAAGAUCUUUAAAUGCUUAACACGUUCGCUACCAAUGUCGGAAUUGAUUGAUGAAAAUAUUUGAGUAUUCAGUCGAUUCAUCGGAAGAUACGAACAAACCUAGUAAUCAACUUACAACAUUCGCGGAAUAUUGAUGAACCGAUCAAAUCCAUAAGAAAAGAAAAGAAAAACAGCAUAUUCUUCGAAGAAAAAUCUUUAGAUAAAAAUUUCAUUCAAGUGGUAGUGAAUGUGUUAAUUAAAUAUUUCUUAGCAAAUCUAUAUCGUUCAUCUGCCAUCUCUUUAACAUUCUUGCUUUUUCCCCCUCGUUUUUCAUUAUUCAGUUUCAUAUUAAUAAAUCACGUAGCGAAACGAGUUUAAAACGAUUCAAAUGAAAAUGUAUGUGAGAAAAACUCCAGAAUCAUUGUAAAACGUAGCAGCAUUGAAUAUGUACGAAAGAAAAUAUUGGAACAGUUACGAAAAAUCUUCAUCUAUUAUUGUUAAGUGUUAGAUAUCAUAAGCCCCUCCCCCCAAAAAAAAAGAAAAAAAGAUAAAAAAAAUGCAAGUAGUCUUAUAAUAAAAAAUGCAAAAAAUGUAACGCGAGAAAAAAUCCAUUUCAAGUAUUCCAUGUAUCGAGAGCUAAAUUCUGUCUCUUCUCUAUUUGUGAUCGGACUAAAUCUUAGAAGAUAAUAAUUUUAACAACAACAGGAACAAUAAAUUAACGCAAUGCAACGGUCGAACAUGAUUAAGAACUAACAGAUAAUAUUUAGAUGAAUCUUUAUUUAAACAUUUAUCAGAAGUAAAGAUAUAAAACGGAUGAAAAAAAGAAGCGCAAAUUAAACGUAAAUAACAUUCUAAGAAAUGAAAUCAAGAAUAAAACAUUAUAAAAAAGUGUGAAAAAAAUAUAAUAAUGAGAGAAAAUUGGAUUCUCUUAGAUACCUCGGAGUCGUUUCGUUUGUUAUCUACGCUCAUUUUUGUGUAGUAUCUCACUUGUAUAUUAUCAUUAUUAUAAAUUUAGUCGUUGAAUGAAUUCGUAUGAAACAGUCUUUUGAUACAGCUAAUACAAUAUGAAUUGCAAAUAUAAGCCGUGCCGAAGAUGAUGCGUAUGUGUAUGUCCGAAAUAAAUGAACGAGAAAUGAUGUUCAUUCAAACGUUGAUCUUUUUCCGCUGAAAAGACCGUCUGAAGAGCGUGGAAGAUCCUUUUAAUUCGAUGAAAAAAAUUAAUAAGUAAAAUAAUCAAUAUUAGGUCUCAUACUGAAAUCUCUCUUUCAGAAAAGUGUUUUCCACAUCCUGAGAAAAAAUAGAUGUACAAGCGUUAUAUCGAUUUAGAUAACGGUUAGUUAAAUAAUAUACAAUAUUUCAACAGCUAUUAGUGACGAGUAUUAAUCUUCUAUGAAAGAUUAAAACUCCGUUUGGAAUUGUAGAACUUUAUUCCAUGAAAACACUUUAUGGAAAGAUAGAAUAAAGAAAGAAAAGAGAAAGAAUGCGCAUAUGUACGAGUGGAUGUGUAUAUAUCGAUGCAUAUAUGAGAUGAUAUAAUAAAUAAAAAUCAAAGGGGAAAGAAAAUAGUUUGAAAGGAAAAGAAUUAAAAACAUUGAAUAGUAUGGAAUAGAAGACCUAAAGAACAUAUUUCGAUGGUGUUAUUAGCUAGGCGCUAAUUAUUGUCAUUCCUUCUCUUACAUCGAUACUCUAAAAUUGUAUAAACAGAACGUAGCGCAUAAAAAAAAGAAAUCGAUUAUAUAUACUCAUAAAACUUUUAAUAUAACAAAUUAUCGCAUUGAUUAAGCAUGUCAAAUCGUCAGCUACGUUUGUCAUUCAAUAAUCUUGCGCUUUGUUUUUUCUAUGAAUCGGAGCAUAACAAUCUAUUUCUUGUUAGCCCAAUUGAAAUAUCAGAAAAAACUGCUACAAAAGAAAAAAAAAUCAACAAAAAACACAAUGUUAUUAUAAACGAUUAAUUAAUAAAAAACGAAUCUUGUUUGUUGUUA